AUGGUGGCUGGAAGGGUGGAGUGUAGCACAUCGGUGGAGGUGGAAGGAUCAAGGGCAGCAGGAAGGGUGGAGUGUAGGAAAGAAGCAGAGAUGGAAGGGACAGUGGAAGGAGGAAGGGUGGAGUGUUGCACAUCGGUGGAGGUGGAAGGGGCAGAGGCAGCAGGAAAGAUGGGGUGUAGCAAAGAAGUAGAGAUGGAAGGGGCAGUGGAAGGAGGAAGGCUGGAGUGUAACACAUCGCUGGAGGUAGAAGGGGUAGAGGUAACAGGAAGGGUGGAGUAUGGGAAAGAGGCAGAGAUGGAAGGAUCGGUGGACGGAGGAAGGGUGGAGUGUAGCACAUCGGUGCAGGUGGAAGGAGCAGAGGUGGCAAGAAGGGUGGAGUGUGGGAAAGCGACAGAGGCAGAAGGGACAGAGGAGAAAGAAGCAGAGGAGAAGGGGACAGAGGGAGAAGGGGCAGAGGCAAAAGGGGCGGUUCUGUCGGAGCUGCUGCUGCUGACAGUGGAGCUGCAAUCAGGAGAAUAA